AAUACACCAAAACAUUAGCAAUGCUAAGCAAAGUAGCAAACCGUUAAUGCCCCCCGCAUUGACCGUUGGUCUCAUAUUUCCCUCUUCACAGAAAACAAUUUCCAAUCUCAUUUGAUCGUUAUUUGAGCUUCAGAUCUUGUUCAACGAUGUAUGUCUACACAUGAUUGAUCUUACGAAAUUGUGUUGUUUUUCAGGUCCAUAUUUGUGGGUUUGAGAGGAGAUUUGAUAUUGUUUGUGGUAAUUGACAAUGUCAAAUUUGUAUGGAGAUUACAAUCAAAAGAUUGAUUAUGUGUUCAAAGUGGUAUUGAUUGGUGACUCCGCCGUGGGAAAAUCUCAGCUCCUCGCACGUUUCGCUAGAAAUGAAUUUAGCGUCGAUUCUAAAGCAACAAUUGGUGUCGAAUUUCAGACCAAAACGCUUGCUAUUGAUCACAAAACGGUUAAAGCACAGAUUUGGGACACUGCUGGCCAGGAAAGGUACAGGGCAGUGACAAGUGCAUAUUACCGAGGAGCAGUUGGGGCAAUGUUAGUUUAUGACGUGACCAAGCGUCAGUCAUUUGACCACAUGGCAAGGUGGCUGGAAGAACUGAGGGGGCAUGCUGAUAAGAAUAUCGUGAUUAUGCUCAUCGGCAACAAGUGUGACUUGGGAAGUCUUCGAGCAGUGCCAAUAGAGGAUGCGCAAGAAUUCGCUCAAAGAGAAAACCUUUUCUUUAUGGAGACGUCAGCUCUGGAAGCAACAAACGUUGAAACAGCAUUUUUAACAGUGCUAACAGAAAUAUACAGGAUAAUUAGCAAGAAGUCCCUAACGGCAAAUGAAGAUGAAUCUGGAGGAAACUUGGGGCUUCUGAAGGGAACUAGGAUUAUUGUUCCUAGCCAGGAGCAGAAUUCUGCAGGGAAGAGUGGGUGUUGCUUGUCCUUAUAAUUUUGAACAUGCAUUUUUUUUUUGUUGUUUUAUUUUAAUUUUUGGAACGAUGAUGUUAAUUUAGGGUUUGAUUGUUUUCAACAGAAACAGAAUCUUAUAUCAUGUAGAAAAGAAGUGUACGA